UUUUUCCCCUAAGUCGUCGCAAUGAUCCACACUCCCCAGAGGCGUGCCAGUGACACGUUCACAAUUUCGGAAUCUAAAAAGCCUGCAACCACAGCAGCGCCUAAAACUAUGACAAGUCGGACUGCAGAAGGGAAAGCCUGUCUGAUGAAAGGAAAAGCCCAUCUGCGAGAGUCUCGUAAUUUAAAAACUGACAUAAAAGAUGGGGUUAUACUGGCGCUGGAAAGAAUGUAUGACAUAAUAAAAGAGAUGGAGAUUGAACUCACCAAUGCCAGGGCUGGUAGUGGAGGGCGUAGUGGGGACCCUAUACAUCCCCCCCCGCCAUCCGAUGCUGGCUCCAGUGUGGACCCAACUGAAGGAAUGAAAGAAAUGAUGACUAGAAUGAAAGAGAUGACAGAAAGUAUGAAGGAAAAUGAAAGCAAAAUGGAGAGACUGAGUUCGCUUCUGGAGGGCAACAUGGCUGUCGCCAAAACGGCGACUUAUGCGAGCGUUGUCUCGAGGGGAGUCAUUGAGAAACUCCCCGAAGCAAGGGCGCUGCAUUCAGUCAUGGUGUCAUCCAAAGACGAACAAGAGACAGGCGAUGAGGUGCUAGAGAAGAUAAGGAAGACUGUGGAUGCAAGGGACGGAUGGGUAAAGGUGGAGAGAGUAAGAAAGGUUAAGAAUAGAAGGGUAGUCGUCGGCUGUGCGAAUGAGGAAGAAAGAGUCAAGGUGAAGGAAAGACUGAGUAAGAAUGAGGGACUAGUAGUGGAAGAUGUUAGAAAUAAGAGCCCCCUUCUGGUCUUCAGGGAUGUGAUGAAGUGUGACACUGCUGACUUCAUCACUGCGCUGAAGAACCAAAACGCAGGCAUACUUGAGGGCUUGAAGGGGGAAGAGCGAAAUGUUGAGAUAGCAUAUGUGAUGAAAGCUAGGAACCCCCUCCAAAACCACGUAGUGGUAAGAGCGGACCCACAGGUAUGGAGAAGAUGGAUGAAUGAGGGAUACGCCCACAUAGGGUUGGGCAGAGUGAGAGUAAUGGACCAUAGUCCACUGGUGCAGUGCUCCCGUUGCCUUGGUUAUGGGCACACUAAGAGGAUGUGUAGGGAGGAAAAGGAAAGAUGCAGCCACUGUGCCGGUCCUCAUAUGAGGACUGAAUGCGACAAGUGGUUGCGGGGAGAAGCGCCUCAGUGCAUUAACUGCACUAAGGCCAAGAAAGGUAGCGCUGAGCACAGCGCCUUUGAUCGUGAAUGCUUUGAACGAAAGAAGUGGGACGCUCUAGCCAGAUCGGCGGUAGCGUAUUGCUAGGGUUGCCCAAGGUGAGUCCUUCCAGUACCGAAUAUUGCAGGCUAAUCUUCAGCGGAGCCAAAUCGCCACAAG